GAUCGCACUCCAGCAUGCUGUGAAAUCUCGCUCGUUACGCACGCAGACACGCGCGUCCUCGCGCAUCACCAGAGUACGCGAGAAGAUAUAAUAGGUACAGUAGGCCGACCGACCGACCGACCGCGUGGUAGAAAUUCAAAAACAAGUAAACGUUUGACAGUUUGUUCGAUACAGUUUUGCGCUGUGUUUGGAAGUUGUUGGUGCGAUUUUCAGUGAAUUUUAUCGUUAAUCCGUCGGAUUGUGUGCCAGAAAAUGUAUGUGGAGUUGGAUCUGUUUUCGGUGCGGAAGAACGGCCGACUGGCGGCGAUGUGGUUGGCCGCCACGAACAAAACCCUUUUCCGGCGAUACUUCAAGCGUGGUCAGUGUGAGCAAAUCGACAUCGACGAAAUGUGUAAAUCCAUCAUCGAUUGCGUCAAUUCCAACAAACCGUUGAUUAUGGUGGCAAAGCUGGCGUAUGGCGCAGUGUACAUCUACCAGCAGCAAAUUCAGUUCCUCUAUGAUAAAGUCAGUACAACGGCAUGUCUUCAGAGCGCUGCUUUCCAGGACUUCAAGAGGCAGUCUAGCUUGACUAGCAAAAGUGCAUACAACAAAAAGGGAACGCGCACUUCAUCCCUGGACGAUCGCUACGAAGAAUGUCUGCCAGAUCCCGCACUCGCCCCUGAAGAAAUCAUAGCGCAACUACUCACCGACGAUCAGAGUGCCAAGGUUGUCCAUAUUGGUGAUAUCACCAUGCGGGAAUCGUUACCAGAAGGAUUAUCGGUCAUUGAAUCUACCUUACAAGACCAAGACAAUGGAUUUGGAGAGAUGAAACUUCAAGAGCUCGGCGAAUUUCUCGGAUCGUCUCCGAAUGAAUCAGCUUCGAAAGAUACCCAUAAUGACUCGGGUAUCGAGCAGGACACCACUGGAUCGGGAUUGGAAGAUCUCCCACGAGUAAUUGAUCGAACCAUUCGUGAAGCGACGAUCGACGAAUCCCACAUGGGCAGUACUUCAAUGGCCAUGAUAGAUAUGCCCAUUGCAAGCACCAGCGCUGCACAAUUACAGGAGGUUGACAUGACUACGCUGACCAAUUCGUUUACACACCCAGAUACGGAACAUCAUGAGAAAACUUCGGAAAUUUCAAGAAUUUCAAAUGAUGUUCCAGAGCCAAUCACACCGAAGAAAUCAAACUCUCAACCAUUUGCGAUUAUCGCCCCAGAAGAUUCCGGAAUUGCAACAACCCUGUCCUCGACAAAGAACAAGAAAUCUCAGCGCCGACGCACAAUUGUUGAUCAGAAAACCAAAUUGGAUUCCGAGGGAAUGAAACGUUCUAUAGAAAAUUCUUCCUCGACCCAGCGAUGCAAGAACCCUCGAUUCGAUAUCGUUCCUCUGGAUCAGGUACGACAUCCCUUCGACAAUGCGGUUACGAUUCUUCAACAUCCCGUUCGAAGCAUGCGAUCUUCGGUGUUGCCAGCUUUGUUCACGCGUAACGCCCGAAAGCGAACCGCGGAUGUUGAAGAUCUACUACUUCAAGAAUGGUCUGGAGAUCUUGAACUGCCAGCGAAAAGAAAGAGAUCUUUAAAAGAAUCGACCAGAACACCAGCGACUCCACCAGCAACAGCAGCGCAAUCGUCGCCGGUAGAUGUGUCCAUGAACUGCACCAACCUGACAGACCAAGAGCAGACCAUCGAGAUCCUUCCUUUGCCGUUGCAACAGGAUAUUGCUAUCUUUGAGCAGGCAGAUGCUAGAAACAUCAACGUACAACUGAUGGAAAAUAGUGCUACAAUAGGGCCAGAGCGAGAAAUUGAUGAAACGAAUCUGAUCACUCUGCUUGCGGACCUGUGGAAUAAAGGUCGAGGUCCGAUUACCAUGAAAUUGCUGGAAGGCGGAUUUUCUAGUAAGUUAGAAGCUGCCACAUGCUUUUCGACGAUUUUGGCUCUCAUCGCAAAGCGGAAACUUAGAGUCAGCAAACACGAAUCGAACGAAAUUGCCGACAUCCUGCCUUAUUCUUAAAUUAUUCAUGUUCAUUGGAUAUGGACUGUCAUCCGCCAGAAUUGCUAAAUUAUUUCGUAGUUUAAGAUUUAACCAAACUCACGAUUGAGAUUAUUUAUUACUAUUUAUUAGGUUUUGGUCUAAACUGCUCACAAUGCAGCGCAAUUGUGUGAAACAAAUAAAUUAUGAGAACAGAAUAAAACUCUCUUGUCGUGAUUCUAUGAUAGAAUGUUGUAAAUUUAAAUUCAUUCCAUGCUUUGCUUUUUUUCGAUUUACGACCUUUUGACCCUAAUCCCUUUUAGAGUAAAUGUAU